AUUCGUUUUUGUUUGGAUGAAUUAAGAAGUUUUGAAAUAGAUUAGAUAGCAUUUUCCAAUGAUAGAUAACAUAAUGUUUAGAAAUAUUCUGUCUUAAUAGAAAGAUUAGAAUCUAUUGAUAACAUUAGUAUAUAUAUUAAAGAGAGUGAGAGAAAUAGUUGGUCAUAUGGAAGAGAUUACAAAGUUUGCAUUAUCAUUAUGGGAGAAAGAAGAGAUCUAAAUAUCAAAAGAAUGUAAAAUUAAACAAUUAUCGAAAUUUAGUACAUGAUGAAAUAAUAUUGAAUUUGGUUGAAUCUAAAUUUUACUAUUAGGCUCUUUUGGCAAAUAAGAAUAGCCAAUUUUUGAGUAAUAUUGGAGUUAACAUUAGAUAAGAACAAGAUUUAUAGUGAGGUAUAGGAAUUAUCAGAAUAGAGUAAAAGAGUGAAUGAUAUACUGAUUCAAAACUUUAAUUCAUAGAGACCAUAUCAAUUAUUUAUAGAAGAAUAAUAAGAAUUACAAUCAAAGAAAACAGCAUAGACACCUAAGAUACCAUAAUUAUAAAAAGGAUAGAAAUUAUGUUCAUUAACAUUAAACAUUUAAGAUCGUGAUUAAAUAGAUAAGUUAUACAGAAAUAAUAAAUCAUAUUUAUAAUAAUUGGGAAUUAAGAUGGAAUAUCCAAAAAAUACAACAGCUACAUAAACUGAAUAAGUUGAUGGAUUAAUACCUCUUAGUAGCAAAAAAAAUAAAAAUUAAUAAAAAGAUUAAAAUAAAGAAAUGAAAUUUUAUGAAUAUUAAUUAGAAAUAGGUUAAUGUACAUAAUAUUUACCAACUUAUGAUACAGUUGAAUUAUUAACUUAAGAUAUUAAAUUAUUUGUUUCAGAAAUUGAUUAAUAUAAUAAAAAAAAUAGAAAUGCAUUCUAAAAAUUAAUUGAUGAAAUAUCUGCUAUUGUAAGUACAACUUAUGCAGGAGCACAAAUUGAUGUUUAUGGAUCAUAUGCAACAGAAUUAUGUUUGCCACAUUCAGAUAUUGAUCUAGUAAUUAAAAUAUCUAAUUAACAUGAAAAGUUUGUUACUGAUAUUUUAUAAAGAAUAGAAAUUGAAUUAAAAAAAUGUAAAUUUAUUGAAGAAACAAAAUGUGUUACUUAAUCAACUACUCCAGUACUUAGAGCUAAAUGCAAUAAAUAAUAUAUGAAUAAAAGACUUGAUAUAUCUAUUUAAGAAACUAAACAUAAUGGUUUAUAAUGUGUCUAAUUAAUUAGAAAAUAUAUUAAGAAUUAUGAGCCACUCAAACCAUUAACACUCAUUAUGAAAUAAUUUCUUCAUAAAAGUGAUCUAUCUGAUACUUAUAGUGGUGGAUUAAGUUCAUAUGGAUUAAUUUUAAUGAUUGUAUCAUUUCUAUAAAGUUAUCAAAAUUAAGAUAAGAAUUGGCCUACUAUUGGGACUUUAUUAAUAGAAUUCUUGAAUGUUUAUGGUUGUGAAUUAGAUUAUGCAGGUAAAACUAUAUGUCCCGAUCAACCUGAAGUUUUUGAAUAAGAAACAACAAUUAUUUUUGAUCCUCAUAAUUUUGCAUAUUGUCAAUAAUAAAGUCUUGUUAUCAUUGAUCCACUUAAUCCAUAAAAUAAUGUUGGACGUCCAUCAUAUAAUGUUUCUAAAAUCAAAGUAUUUUUAUUCUUUAUAUCUUAUUAGCUUGCAUUUACUGUUGCUUUUUCUAAAUUAUUAACCUUUGAUUCUACAAAUCAAUAAUAUCCACUCAAGUUCUUUUUCAAUUCAGCUUAAAAUAUUCAAUGUUCCCUUCACUCUGUCCUUGUUAAUUAAUAUAAAGCUUAUGCUGAUCAAAUUAUGUUUGGAACAUCUACACGCUAUUGA